AUGGGUUCAAACACGAAAAAGCAUAAAAGUUCAAAAGAACAUAAACAUCGUCAGCGCGAAAAUAUCGAACGUAAAGCAGCUCGAGAAGAUGCACAGUCGCCACCAUCAGCUCAAGAUUCUUCUGCGGCUGUUGGUGAUACAGAGCGAACUUCGCUGUCUGUCAGUGAAACGAAUAAACUUCGUGCUCAAUUGGGCAUGAAACCGUUGGCUGGUGUUAGUGAAAAAGUAUCGGAACAAGAUGGUGAAACUGUAAUAGACAAUGGCGAAGAUGUAUUUACACACCGCCCAGCAGUUAGUCUGACGGAAAAGAAGCGUAGUGAGCAAAUAAAAAAUAAAGUAUUGUUGCAUAAAGAAAAAAGACAACUACAAGAAAAAUUUUUAAGUACAAAAUCUUUGGGUACAGCUGACAGUAAUGAAUCAACAUCAGCUUGGAUUGAAAAACAGCGUCUAGCCGAUAUUGAAAAACGUAAAGCCGCCGAAAGAGCAAAAUUAUUGCAACAAAUGGAUGAAGAAUUUGGUCUUGAAGAAUUAGUUAAAGAAGAAACAGAAAAGUUGAUAAAAUCAAAGGAGAAAAAGUAUACAGCAAGAGAUUUAACUGGACUUCGCAUCGAACAUUCUGCUGAUACAUUCAAAGAAGGCCAACAAAUAAUAUUAACAUUAAAAGAUCAGCGUAUUCUUCGAGAGAAGAAACCUGGUGAACCUGAUACAUUGGAAGAUGAUGAAGAUGUGUUAAUCAAUGUUAAUAUCGCUGAUGAUGAACGAACUACAGAAAAGAUUGAAGGUAAAAAGAAGAAAACUGGACGUUAUCGUGCAUAUAAAGAUGAAGACAAUGACGUCGACAAAUUUGGACUGCUUACUGAAGCUCGUUUACUUGAUCAAUAUGAUGAUAAGAAGAAAUCAUCGUUCAAACUAGAGUCUGGUGGCAAAUACGAUUUAAGUGAUGAGAAAAUUAUGAGUGAUAUGAGAAAAGAGUUUCAUUCGCGUAUGCAAACAUUAGAAUUACCUGCAAUGAAAUUGGCUAGUGAAUUUUAUACGCAAGAGGAAAUAGAACAAUUUAAAAAACCAAAAAAGGUAAUUAAGAAAAAACUCCGUACGAGAAAAAUAUUAAAAGCUGAUGAUCUAUUGGCAAUGGAUGUUGCAGCAGUUUCUGCUAGUCGACAUCAUCGUGACAACACUAGUGCCGCUGGACCAGUGACAACAGCAAAAGGAAAUGCAACAAGACAAAAAGAUCGAACAAAUGGACUUGUUAUUGAUGAACUAAAACGGGAAGAUGAUGACGUGAUGGCCUCUGACAUUAUUGGACCAGAUGAUGAUGAUAAUUUAUCAGAUUUCGCAUUAGAAGAUGAUGCAUUUAAAGAGUUACAAGAUGUUGUCAACAAAACGAUGAAGUUAAAAACAAAAGUAACACAUGUACACACUGCAGAGAAGGCAUUGUCGAGUUUGAUCGAAGAACGUGAUCGUAAAAUGAAAAUGGAAAUUAAAGAAGAACCAAUGGAAGUAUCAACAGUUGCAGUGCCCAAUCAAGAUAAACCGGAAGGACUUAUUUUGGAUACAAUGUCAGAAUUUUGUCGGAAUUUGGGAGAAGAUGCGGCUACUAGUGUUUCUUCAGCUAUGGCAAUGGGGGCGAAUACAUCGAUUCCAGUCACAAAGUUUAAUCGUCCAUCAACAAUUCGCUCUCGUAUUCAACGGCCACAACGUGAAGCACUAGCUCUAGAUCAUGACGAUGAAUUGUUAGAAUAUGCGAUGGCUGUAGAACAAGAAGAUGAUGACGACGAGGAUAACAAUAAUCGUAUGAAUGGAGACGAUGAAAAUCCAGAUGGAAGUGUCAAACCAUUUCGACUCGAAGAUUCAGUGUUAGAUGAAGAACCUGGCCUUGAUCGUGGUUUAGCAAAUGCAUUACGUCUAGUAGAACAAAAAGGUUAUUUGGAAAAAGACAAAGGACGACAAAAUGCUCGUAUGACGAGUGAAAUAUCGGCGAAACAUUUCACUGUUGAAGAAAAAAAUUAUUAUGAUAUCGACGAUAAAUAUGCACGACGUGAUCGAUAUUCUGGUCCGUUGACAGAUUUCAAAGAAAAGGAAGCCUACAGACCAGAAGUGAAAUUAGAAUAUGUUGAUGAUACUGGACGACGAAUGAAUAGAAAAGAAGCAUUUCGAUAUUUAUCACAUCGAUUUCAUGGAAAAGGAUCGGGUAAAAAGAAGACAGAAAAGCGAACGAAAAAAUUAAUAGAAGAAGAGUUAAUGAAAAAAAUGAGUAGUGUUGAUACACCGUUAAAUACAGUUGCUCUAUUACAACAAAAACAAGCUCAACUACAACAACCUUAUAUUACUCUGAGUACGACAAGAAUGAGAGAACAGGGACCACAGUAUAUUCUUGUUUUCGAUUUUCGAUCACUUCUACAUUUAAUGACUGAUACCAUUGUUACGAAUACUGUCAAUGCCAACGACGAUAUUUCUCAUAUAGAAAACGAACAAGCCACACUCGAUCACAAUUUAACAUCUGUCACAAUAACUGAGAAUGAAAAAGAUGAUGAAUGGAAAUCGAUGGAUGGUAAUGACGACGACGAAGCAGAGGAGGAAACCAAAGAAAUAAAAAAUGAAAACUAUUUUCCUGAUGAAGAUGACAAACAUUCAAGUGAUUGGGCUAAUUUUGCAUCGUUCAAAAAUGAUGAUAAGGAUAUUCAUCAAGAAAAUAAUAUAAAUUUGUCUGAAACAACAGUCACCAAAGAAGAAAACGAUGAUGAAUGGGCAGAUUUUGAGUAUAAUACAACACCAAGUCAGCCAACCAUCGUUGAUUCUACACUAACGAAAAAUAAUGAGGAAGACGUUGAAUUUGGCGACUUCAAUGAAGGACACAUAUCAGCAGAAUCAAACUCAUUUGUAGAGGAAGAAACAAAACCUCUUCCAUCAUCUAUUCAUGAUGUAUCUGGCAGCAUCGAUCAUAUUGAAUCAAUAAUUCAAACUUGUUUCUCAUAUUCAUCAUCGCCACUGUCUACCAUUGAAUUUUGUGAAUAUUCUGAAUUACCAACAUUUACAAAUAAUAAUAAUAAUACAACUUUGUCUUCUUGUUUGAAACCCUGUUUAAACGUAUGGAAUGUAUUAUCUAAUAUUUCAAAUGAUCCGUACGGAUUAAAAUUUCAAUGGAGAAAAUCGAAUAGUGAACGUUUUUUUCAUCAAGCCCUUGGUGUCAAUGAAAGAUAUCGAACUAAAACGACACCAUUAAUGCCUGAGAUACUACAACCAGAAAAGAUCAAGUCAACGAUGUCAAAUAAUAGUGCUCAGGAUGAAUUAGAAAAUAAAAAUAAACCAUCCUCUUCUCUCAAUCCACACUUUGAUUGGAAAGCAAGCGGUUUAGAAAAUCCACUUGCAGGUAAAUUAUACCAGACAAAUAGCGUUGUUGUUAGGAUAGGUGUAUAUUGUGCUAUAAGCGUCCAGACAGUUAGUUUGCCGUCUAACAGUAUAAGUAAAACUAAUGAAGAUGAAGGCAAUGAAACAUAUGUGUUUGAUGCCAAUAAAACAUUAGAUCUCGAUUAUUUUCAUCCAUCCAAACCGUCUGAUUUAACAUCUUCAUCAAGCGUGAAAAUAUCAUCAAUAUCAUUACCAACGUCAUCACAGAUCAAUGGUGAACAUUCUUCGUCAACUAAAACUAGUGUUCCUCCCAUAAAAACAACUGGACUUUUUCCAGGAUCAUCUUCAUCUUCAAUAACAACAAUAAACAAUGAUGAAGCAAAACGUAUUUUAGAUUCAUUACCAAAUCUAAGUUUUAUGAGUGCAAAAAAUUUAAUGUUUUCCGUUCGAUUAAAUGGUGGAAAUGAUGAAACAACAUCAUUGUACUAA